AUUUAUCUGUGAUUUUCCUGAGUUCACGGGCACAAUUCGAAGGGAAUGAAAAUUUAGGGUCAAAGUGCAAAAUCACUGGUGGCCAGCACGACGUCGCUUGUCCUGCAAUUGUUCCGCCCUAGGCCUAGCUGACUUGCAGGCUCUGCCCCGAAGUUGAAGCAAACGAAACUGGAAAAUAAAGCUAAAAAUAUUUAUAAUAUAGCAAUAAAUGUCGACUUCGAAUUUGGAUUCGUCUUCAUCAGUCAGUGAAUCCGCGGACAUUCCCCGUUUUCACCACACCCCAUUUUACUGUGAGGAGAACGUUUACUUGCUCUGUAAGAAGCUAGCUGCAGAUGGAAUAGCAAGAUCGGAUGGUUCUGACCUCUUUGUUAUUUUCAUUUCCAAUGAAAAUAAGCAGAUUCCAUUGUGGCAUCAGAAGGCGAGCCACAGAGCAGAUGGGGUUAUUUUGUGGGAUUACCAUGCUAUCUGCAUACAGAAAAGAAAAGAUAGCAACCUGCCUCAUCUAGUGUGGGAUUUAGAUUCAAGUCUUCCCUUUCCGUCUCCACUUUCUACAUAUGUUUCUGAAACUAUUCGGCCUUCAUUUCAGCUGUUUUCAGAGUUUCAGAGGUUCUUUCGGAUUGUGCAUGCCCCAAUAUUCCUCCGAUCUUUUGCAUCUGAUAGAAGACACAUGAAAGAUACUGCAGGAAACUGGCUUCAUCCCCCGCCUCCACAUGAAGCCAUUGUUGCUGAAGAUGGAACUGUACACAACUUGAAUGAAUACAUGGAAAUGUCCUCUGCUGAUGUUAUCAAAAGCAUCGGAGAUGAUACUAAGGAUGACGUAUAUGCCCAAAGACUUGGUGUCCUGGUAAGUGAAACCCACUUGGAGGAAAUCUUUUCUCUGAUUUCCUGAACAUCAGCAAAAAUCGUGCAGCGUGUAUGUAGUUUAGUGGGAAACAUUUCACAUGGAGAUAUAAGCAUCAUGCAUUGUAGCCUCAUCGCAUGAAAGUAAUAUUUGGGUAAUAUUUGAGAUCUUAUAGUAAAUUGAAGUGAAUUUAUUUUCCUUGUCUGGAGGGAGGUAUCAUCAAAGACUUCAUGCGGGAAUUUGUAUGUUGAUAAUGAUAUGCUGUGACGUGGACUUUCACACUUGCUAAGAAUGUGUACGGCUAAAUCUUCAUAUGACAUGAUUGCGAUAGUUUUUAUUUUGA